UUGCAAUAUAUACCUUCUAAAGUCUUGUUCAGGCUGGGGCUCGAUCUGUGUCUCGGUGACUUUCGACAAGCUGAAACCUCUGCUCCGGUAACAUCAAGAUCCUGCAGCCAAGAUGGCAGACGAGAAAAGACUGUCUGCGAGGCGUAAGCAUACACUGAAAAGCUGUAUGCUGGUGGUGGCAAACAAUCUGUUGGAGGCUGAAUCAAAUGUGAAGGUUGGGGAGAGGGAGAAGUUCCUGGCUGAGAAGUGUCCUCCUCUGGAGCUGCCGUACUCCAAAGACGAGCUCGAGCAACUCUGCAAGACACUCCACGAACAGAUUGACCUCAGUGAAGAGGAGAGAUAUGGCACAGAGUUCAAGCUGAACAUGGUUCUGAAUGAGGUCAGAGACCUCAACAUAAAGAUUGUGGAUCUGAGGGGCAAGUUCAAGAGACCCAGACUGAAGAAAGUGCGUAUGUCUGCUGACGCCAUGCUGAAGGCUCUGCUGGGCUCCAAACACACAGUCAAUAUGGACCUGAGGGCCAACUUGAAGCAGGUCAAGAAGGAGGUCAAAGAGGAGGACAAGCAGCUGCGCGAGGCUGGAGACUGGCGUAAGAACAUUGAAGACAAGUCUGAUAGGAAGAAGAUGUUUGAUAGUUAAAGUUGAGCUGUCUUUAGUUGUUGGGCUUCUGAGUGAUUUUCAGGACAUGGUUCAGGUCUGACGUCUCUGUAACUGAGGAGUUUCAUUCCAAAAUAUAGCAAAUCCACUGUAAACCUGCCUGCUUUUCAGAGCUGAUGAGACAAGAGUGCUGUGAAGGUGAUACAGAUAAAUGUUCAACAUACUAUUAAAUAAAGAAAGAUGCAUGUUUUUAGGCUAGUCUAAUGGAACAGUAAGUCAUAAAUGGAAGUGGAAAUAGCUGACAUUUAACAUUAUUUUUUAUUUGCUGUGCUUUUAAAA